UCAUCAGGAAUAUUUUCUAUUAAUAUUUUUCUUGUGACAUCAUUUAAUAGUGUCGUAUGGAUCUUAUCUUAAUGUUUACCAACCCGAGUUGAAAGUGAUUAGUCUCUGACUCCAACAAAUAGUCUGUACAUAUUUUAAAUCUGACCUGGCUGAUUUAUCAAAUUAUGUCAAUUUUUACGAUCCCCAAACGGAGAGCAUAUAGUGGUCGUCUUGUCCGUCCGCCAUCCGUUGUACUUGUUCAGAGCAUAACUUGAAAACCCUUGGAUAUUAUAAAUUUGUUUAAACUGCACAUAGUGGUAGAGGGUAUUGAGGCAGAGUGCAGUGUUAAAGAACAAUAUCUCUAUUUUGCCCAGUUCUCGAAUUGUCUUCCAUUAAAAAAAAACAACUUUAUACUAAGCAUAGACAAUUACUUUAAAUUUCACACACUAGUACAUGGCAUUGAGCAGGAGUGCAAUGCAGAGGAAAUGUAACUUUGUUACACUUUGAACUUUAUCCAUGAGAUAACUAUAAGAGAUAUGAAAAUGAAUCUUUUUACACUUGAACUUUGUCCGGGACAUUGCUCUGAAACCAAAAGAGGUAUCAACAAGAAACUUUGUAGGUAGAUAGAUCUGAUUAGGUAGAUGUGCAGUGCACAAGAAUUGUAACUGCCUUGCCUAAUUAGGAGUUAUUGUCUUUGUUAAUAUUUACACUUUGAACUUUGUCCAGGACAUAGCUCUAAAAGUAUAAAAGAUAUGAACACACUUUUUGUGCCCCCACUUUAGGGGGGCAUUUAGAUUUACCCUUGUCCGUCCGUCCAUCUGUCCGUGCUUUCGUCCGUUCUCAUUUUAUGUUGCACAUAGCUCAAAAAAUUUGACCUACAGUCAUGAAACUUUACAGGAAUGUUGAUCAGCAUGUGUAGUUGCACACCUGGGUAUUUUUGUUUGAUAUAUUUAGUAUUUUUAAAAGUUAUUGCUCUUGACUUUGUCAAAAUUUACAAUUUUCAACUUGUGUUGCAUGUAACUCAAAAAGUAUUUGACCUAGAGUCAUAUAACUUUACAGCAAUGUUGAUCUGCAUGUGAAGUUGUGCACCUGGGGGUUCGCUUGUGGAUUUAUUCUGUUUUGUCAGAGUUGACAAACUUAGAGGUUGAAGGUACAAAUUUGUGCCCAAACUGUUUCUUUAUAUUAAGCAAUUAGUUACUUCCAUUCUCUUUUCUCUUCAUUUUACUUUUCUGCAAUGGGUAAGAAACCUUUUCAGGGGCAUUCAUCACUUUGGGUGGUUUAAGGUCAUAUUGACCUUGUUGGAAAAAAUGUUUCCAAUCAAUAACUUGACAACCCAUGGGCACUUGGCCCUCACACUCAUAGGUUCAUUGGUCUUUGCCAGUGGAUGACCCCUAUUGAUAUUUUGGGUCAAAGGUCAGUGUCAUAUUGACCGUAUAGGUAAAAACUGUUUCCUAUCAAAAUCUGACAACCGAUGGGCUGUUGGCUCUCAAACUUUGUAGGUGCAUUGGUCUUGGCAAGUAGAUGACCCCUAUUGAUUUUUGGGUCAGGGAGUCAAAGGUUAAGGUGUUGUAGAGUCAUUGACCCUGUAUUCCUAUCAAUAAUCAACAACUUAUGAACCCUUGACCUUCAAACUUCGCAAAUUGAUUGCAUUUGGUCAGGAGAUUAUUUCAAUGGAUUUUUGGGGUCAAAAGCUGAGACGUCAAGAUUACAUUGGCCUUGGUAAAAACUGUUUCUGAUCAAUAUCUCAACAACUCAUGGGCCCUAAACUUUUAAACUUCACAGAUGCACUGGCCUUGGCCAGUAGAUAACCCCUAUUGAUUUUUGGCUACCAGAUCAAUUGGCUAUUGAUAGGGGAAAACAGGUUUUAUAAACAUAUCUUGUUAACCCAUUCCCAGACAGCUACGCCUUUUUUGUACCCUAUCUACCGCCGUAUAGAUACGCCUUUCUUGUACCUUACCAACUGCCCGAUAGCUACGCUUAUCUACGCUUAGACCGCUGUCUCGAUAGCUACGCCUUUCUACGAACAUCUAUUUAAAGUAGAAAAUAAAACUAAAGAAAUCAAUUUUGUAUCGCCGGAAGUUUAUAAAUAUAAACAUUAACUAUUAAUAAAUCGAUUUCUAAGAAGAAAAUAUAUUGUUUCUAUUUAAAGUUUUGUCAUAAAUAGCGUCCAAUCGUAACAGGGUAUCGGGGAUUUUCCACAGCGUCAUUGGGGUCACGCGCGGGUUAAAAGGUGAAAAACUGUGCGAUCGAGGCUCCAAAGGUCGUAAGUAAAAAUAAAUAUCCAAUCAAAAGUAUUUUUCUCAUUGAUCACGCGCAUGAUUUCAUAAUGUACAUGACUGGUUUCCCACGAUGAGAAAGGCUGUUAGGUGUCAAAAUGUUGUGUAUAUGGCAAUCAAAACAAAUGAUACAAGGGGGCUGUGUAUAAGGCAAUAUACAGGAAGCUGCCGCUGUGAAAUAUGCGAAACCGUAAGCAAAUUAUUAUUUGAAAUCACCGACAAUUACGUAAUUUAUUGGGGUAAUAAAUAUUUUAGCAUGUCUCAUAUGCACUUGCGUGGAAAUCGGCCGUGCAUAAAUCGUAUGCAAAAUGAUAAUCAAAUCAGUUCGUUUGAGAACACCAAACUAUUCUCUAUAAUAUUUAGAAACUACAUCUACUUAGAAAUUAAUUUGCGUCAUGGCUUAUGACAGUGAUUCUAGCGAUGGUUCAGAUUUUUCGGGUUUUGGGCCUGAAGAUUUGGGGUCUGAUGUUGAGAUACCAUUAGUACAUGAUGAGCUAUCUUCAGAUGAUGAUAGCAAUGAUGAUAGCAGUGAGUCUGUCAGAAAUGAUGAGUGGACAAGCAACUUCACAACUCCUAGGAUUGACGACUUUGUUGAAAGGCCUGGCCCAAAUCUCCCUGAAGGUUUUGACACAGAAACAGCAACACCCCUGGAUUACUUCUGGUUGAUGUUUCCAGUCCGGCUUAUCGCUAUGAUAGUCCGAUAUACUAACCAGUAUGCCUCAUGGAAGCAGACUAGAACUGGACCGGAUACCUACUGGGAAGAUGUAACUGAGCCUGAACUUCGUGCCUUCUUGUCGAUCAACAUCCUCAUGGGCAUUCAUCAGCUUCCCCAAGUUGAAAUGUAUUGGUCGACCAAUCAGUAUGUGGGUAAUCAAGGAAUCCAAAAGACAAUGACUUGUAAUAGAUUCAUUAAAAUAAGUCAAUAUUUCCAGUUUUGAGUGAAUCAUUUAGAAAUGGAUAUACAUUGUCUCGUGAAACAUCUGUGGACGAAGCGAUGAUAAAAUAUACUGGACGCUUAUCAUUCAGACAAUACAUGCCAGCCAAACCUGUUAAACGUGGAGUAAAAGUGUGGAUGUUGUGUGAUGCCACUAAUGCAUAUUUGUCUAGGUUUGAGUUCUACUUAGGGCGACAGAACAAUCAGAUAGAACAUGGUCUGGGUCAUAAUGUGGUUAUGAAACUGACAGAAAAUAUUCAGCGGACUAAUCGUUUUGUGUUCUUUGACAUUUUUUUCACAGGCCUGCCACUUUUGCAGAGCCUGUUUGACAGUGGAUUAUAUGCCUGUGGGACAAUUAGAAUUAAUCGCUUGGGUUUUCCAACCGAGUUGAAGAAACCCAGGGAUAUUACUAACCGUGGUGAUAUGAAGUUACUUCAGAAGGGAAAUAUCACCGCAAGUGUUUGGAAAGAUAAAAAAUUAGUUCAUCACGUCUCAACAUUGAGUGAUCCCACAGAUGUUCGAGAUGCCCAGAGACGUGUUGGUCGUGAUGUUGUACCUGUCCGUCAACCCCAUAGUGUCUGGGCGUACAACAGAUACAUGGGUGGUGUUGAUCGCCAUGACCAACUUCGAAUGAACUAUUCUGUGGGAAAGUGUGGGAAGAAGUGGUGGAAGUAUCUAUUUUGGUUUCUUUUGAAUUGCGCUAUAGUGAACAGUUACCUUAUUUACAGCAAGGCAACAACUCGUCAAACCAGAAAGAGACGCUUCCGCCAUGUUGACUUUAGGUUGGAGUUGGUCAACGGCCUAAUUGGAGGUUACGCAAAACACAAACGGUCAGUUGGUGGGGAUCAACUUUCGAGUAACCGUGUCUUGAUUUCUAAUGAAAACAUUGAUCACCAUACAAAUGUCCGACUAGAAGGACGAAGGACAACGUGUAAAUACCACAUGAGAAUACAUAACAAACACAGGGAGACGGUGUAUGGCUGUGCAAUAUGCAACAUACACCUGUGUAAAGACGGUUGCCAUGCAGCAUAUCACCAGCAGGAAAACAUGUGACUGUAACAUUCAAAAAUUGGAUUAAACUUGUGAGUGAAAUAUCAAAACCAUGUGGAUUUAUCAUGUGAAAUAAAAUGUUUAGAUGUUUUAUAGUUUCAAUUGAUACAUGUCAAAAAAAAAUCUGUGUAAAUACGUGUAUUAUAUUAGUUUGUUUGUGUUGCCACUUAGCUUAUUUCUGUGAAUAAAUUCUUACUUGGAUAUUUAAGAAAACAAUUUGGAUUUAUUACCCAAUAAUGAUAAUUUAGAACAAAUUUGAGAACAAACACUUUCAUUUGUAAAUACAUUAGUUCAUAACAAGAUUGAAGUGCAGAGACAUAAAACAAUUAUUCUGUGAGAACAUGAUUUCUUAAAAAAAAUAGUCAGAAAGAUAUUUAAUUAUUUAAAAUAUAUUUUGUUAAGUUUUUGCAUAUUUUAUUAUUCAUUUGUUUGAUUUAUAGCAUGAAAAAAAUGUUUGUAAUAUAAAGUUAUAAAAAAACAUGAUGUUGCUUUCCUUUUAACCUCCUAUUUUAGGUUGUGAGAAAUAUCCUAUAUGUCCAAAAUUAGUAUCAUUUUGUAGGAAAUUUAAUUCUCUACAAAGUUUAUAUUGAUCAUAAAAUUGUAAAAUUAAUAAAUCUAAUAGAAAAUUUGAUCUAAAGUGAAUAGGUACUAAUUUAAACCAGAAUUCCAAUAAACCCUUAUAGGUACAGUGUAAAGAUAAUAGUGGUUUAUCUAUUGGUUAUUGAUUAUCAGUAUUACUGAUAAGGCAUAUUAUGUAGUGACUACCUUAUAUGGUCAAUCUGCUAUCUGGGAAUGGGUUAAUACUAAUAAGUGUGCCUUUCAUUAAUUUCCUUUUGAGUGUAUAAAAUGUAUUAAUAGUUGAAAUUUCAUAUAGAUUAUAGUGCUGUAGGUUUAUACUAAAUUUAUUUCAUUUUGCGUAGGAAAUUAUAAGUUUAUUGACACGGUUGAAUCAGUUCCUGAAAUCAACCAGUACUAAGCAAUGAGUGUAGAAUGUC